GUACGGAGGUGCCGAGGGAGCAGCACGGGGAGGGGGAGCGGUGAUUGACAAGACUCCCAGCAAACCGGGGGCCGUGAGAGGGCGCGCGGCAUCCCAGUGGGUGGCAGCUGGAGGCGGGGCUCCCUGAGGGGCGGGGAAGGACUAGGGUGCGGGGAGGGGGUUGCAGAAGGAGCCGAGCGGCUUCUGCUCAAUGGCGGAAAAGCCGCCGGUGCUCUGACGGCCUCGUUCCCCUAGCAGUUGCGGGGGAGUUUCCUGCCCGCGCGGCUGGAGUCUCUGGUUCUCAGGGUUCGGUGGUUGGAAGAUGCUCCAGAGAGACCAGGCUGCGGCGGAGGAGGUGGCGGCGGCCGAAUCGGCAACGGCGCUAGGGUGGAGAGAAGGCGGCAGCGGCGGCGGCGGCGGCGUGAGGGGCCGGGCGGUGUAAACAGCCCCGGAGGCGGCGGAGGCGGCGGUCGAGACCCCGAGCGGGAAGCGGCGGCUGAGUCAGGGUCGCGCCUCCGUUGGAAACUUGAGCUGAGUACCGCGGCGGGCGCGAGCGAGGCGCCCUAGACAUCUUCUCCCUCCCUUGCCUCAGAUUUAUUGCUAAACAUGGGUGCAUUUUUGGAUAAACCCAAAACUGAAAAACAUAAUGCUCAUGGUGCUGGGAAUGGUUUACGUUAUGGCCUGAGCAGCAUGCAAGGAUGGAGAGUGGAAAUGGAAGAUGCACACACAGCUGUUGUAGGUAUUCCUCACGGCUUGGAAGACUGGUCAUUUUUUGCAGUUUAUGAUGGUCAUGCUGGAUCCCGAGUGGCAAAUUACUGCUCAACACAUUUGUUAGAACACAUCACUACUAACGAAGACUUUAGGGCAGCUGGAAAAUCAGGAUCUGCUCUUGAGCUUUCAGUGGAAAAUGUUAAGAAUGGUAUCAGAACUGGAUUUUUGAAAAUUGAUGAAUACAUGCGUAACUUUUCAGACCUCAGAAACGGGAUGGACAGGAGUGGUUCAACUGCAGUGGGAGUUAUGAUUUCACCUAAGCAUAUCUACUUUAUCAACUGUGGUGAUUCACGUGCUGUUCUGUAUAGAAAUGGACAAGUCUGCUUUUCUACCCAGGAUCACAAACCUUGCAAUCCAAGGGAAAAGGAGCGAAUCCAAAAUGCAGGAGGCAGCGUGAUGAUACAACGUGUUAAUGGUUCAUUAGCAGUAUCUCGUGCUCUGGGGGACUAUGAUUACAAGUGUGUUGAUGGCAAGGGCCCAACAGAACAACUUGUUUCUCCAGAGCCUGAGGUUUAUGAAAUUUUAAGAGCAGAAGAGGAUGAAUUUAUCAUCUUGGCUUGUGAUGGGAUCUGGGAUGUUAUGAGUAAUGAGGAGCUCUGUGAAUUUGUUAAAUCUAGGCUUGAGGUAUCUGAUGACCUGGAAAAUGUGUGCAAUUGGGUAGUGGACACUUGUUUACACAAGGGAAGUCGAGAUAACAUGAGUAUUGUACUAGUUUGCUUUUCAAAUGCUCCCAAGGUCUCAGAUGAAGCAGUGAAAAAAGAUUCAGAGUUGGAUAAGCACUUGGAAUCACGGGUUGAAGAGAUUAUGGAGAAGUCUGGCGAGGAAGGAAUGCCUGAUCUUGCCCAUGUCAUGCGCAUCUUGUCUGCAGAAAAUAUCCCAAAUUUGCCUCCUGGGGGAGGUCUUGCUGGCAAGCGUAAUGUUAUUGAAGCUGUUUAUAGUAGACUGAAUCCACAUAGAGAAAGUGAUGGGGCCUCCGAUGAAGCAGAGGAAAGUGGAUCACAGGGAAAAUUGGUGGAAGCUCUCAGGCAAAUGAGAAUUAAUCAUAGGGGAAACUACCGACAACUUCUGGAGGAGAUGCUGACUAGUUACAGGCUAGCUAAAGUAGAGGGAGAAGAAAGCCCUGCUGAACCAGCUGCCACAGCUACUUCUUCGAACAGUGAUGCUGGAAACCCAGUGACAAUGCAGGAAAGCCAUACUGAAUCAGAAAGUGGUCUUGCUGAAUUAGACAGCUCUAAUGAAGAUGCAGGGACAAAGAUGAGUGGUGAAAAAAUAUGACUUUCCUUUUUGGUAAUAUUUUUGUGAUCUUUGAUGGUUUUUAACCUAGGAAGUGUAAUGUAUGCAUUUAUAUAACCGUUUUGUUAUUUGAAUCUUGGAAAACUAGUUUUAUUAUAUUCAGAUAGCCUUGUUUUUUAAAAAGGCCUUUGCAUACACCUUUAUGAGAUAGUGUAAAAUUGACUAUUUAUAGUACUAUGGAUUUAAUGAAAUUAUAUGUCAUUUCACAUUGUAUGCCAGAAAUUAGGCUACCAAUUAUGAAUUAAAGUCAGUAGUUAAAUUAAUACUAGAUAGAAUUAGAAAUUUUGAUUAGAGAGAUUAUGCUAUAUUAUGGAAAAACUUGUUAAUGUAGAAUUAUACUGCUUCAUAUUAUUUUACCUAUUAGUACACUCAUAGUUAGCUUUGUAAUAAAUUUAUGUUUUCUUUAAUAAUUUUAGUUCUUCAAAGAAUGGCUGAUGCUGGCCUGUAAUUUUUCUUUCAAGGAUGAUAAUUUGUGUGUUGUUUGAUUUGUUUAUAUUUUACAUCUCUGUAGUUUUAUUUUUAGAAGUUGUGAGAUACUGGAUGUGUGGCUAUUUUUCCUUUCUCUGUAUUCUUUAUGAAACAUAACUUUUGAAAAACCUAUGUAUUAUUCAUACAGCUUUGGUUUGUAUAUUCUGUAUAGCCUAACUACACACAUCAAAAUGUAUGUCAACCAAGUGUUUAGAAUGAAAUUAUAAGUGUUGAAGUCCAAAUAAAGCAUGUGAUGUGGAAUAAUCUAUGCAUGUUGUACUUAUUUUUGAAUUAAUUUUUUAAAAACAACCAAGUUUGGUAUAUUGGAAGAAUACCCAUUAGAAAUUCAUUUGUAUUUAUAUAACAUUUAGAACACUUUUGGCUUACCUUUUUUCAUUAACAAAAAGGAAAAGUUUAAUAUUAAAAUAUAUGUGUUGCAUACUUAAAUCUAUUCUUUUUCUUAUCCAUCUUUUGUGGUACAAAAUAUUAAUCUUUGGACAUUAUGGGCACACAUAGACAUGUGAGAAAAUUGCCACAGUGAGCAUUUUAAAGAUUGCAGAAUUGUCCAUUUUGUUACAAAUUUUUAUUAGUUAUUAAUAAAUUGAAUAAUUAUGGGCUAUUUUUAAAAUAGUGGCAGAUGAGAGUUUUUGUUUAAAGGGAUUUUUAAAUUAUAGAUUUGUCACAUAGGGAAAAAUAUUUUUAAAAAAUUAUGACUGUAGAACAUUAACUUUUCUUCUUUACGUUUAUAUUUAUAUCAUGUGUCUAAAGUUGCUUUAAGUUACCAUAAAUUGAAACUUCGGAAUCUUUGGAUGUUAUAGCUGAUGUUUUGAUGUAUUUUUCCAAUGCCAGAAUAUUUUUAAGUGCUUUGAGAAAGGAAGGCAUUUGAUGGAGAGGGGAGGAAAAUAACCCAACCCAGUUAUCUAUCUAUAUUAGAUACACGUGUACACACACAAUAUGCAAUACACGACAUCUCUCUGUAAAAGUACCCUUUUCAGACAAAGAAAGGAAGGUAAUUUGUUCAUCAAUUUUGUUUUCUUUUGAAAUUCAAUCCAAUCUGGAAGUGGCAUAGGUAAAUAAUAAUAUUCUUCCUUUUCUCUUCCUGUAGGGUGCUGGAGAUCUAGAAGACCCAUGGUAGCCUUAAAAACCUCCUAAAAUGCUUUUGAUUCUGAAAAUUGGGGGAAAAAGCUUUUAAUCACAAUUUUCUUCAAUACAAGGGGAAAAUAUUCUUGCGGAUUCCCAACGUUUUGUGAUAUGAGCAGAAAAUCAUUAGCAUUUCCCAUCAUUUGUUCAUAUUUGUGUUUUCUGACAGUUGCCACUUGUAGCAUUGCCUGUACUACAGUACUUUUUGCCAACCUCAGGCAUACUCGUUACAUCUGUAUUGAACUUUUGGCCCUAGAAACCAGUGGAGUUAUUUCACCACAAAUCAACAAUGUGCCUGAGGUGCAUGGGAAAUAUAGUUAGCUAUACUCUGAAAAUACAUUAUGUUUUUUUUCUUUAAACAAAACACACAACAUGUAAGCAUGUAAGAGUAAAGAAUUGUAUGAUAUGUUCCUUUUUUCAGUUCACCAAGUUGGAAGCCUUUUGCAGCUCUGUGGCUUGGAAUUUCAUUUGAGCAAUUUCUAUAGGAUAUGUAUUUAUUAUUGAUUGUUAUUUAAUUUUUUUCCAAUUUUACCUGUAUUACCAAACUCGGUUCUCCAAUAAUGUCCAAAUUGUAAUGUUGCCUUGCUUCAAGAUAAAGUGUAUUUGGGAAUAAUAUUAUAAACCCUUACAAAUUUUAUGCAUGUAUCUACUGCAUCCUUCAACUCUCACUAGAAAAUCUUUUGAAACCAAAUGGAUUAAUUUAUGGCUAUUUAUAAUUUGCUUUGACAUCUCACUGUUGGAAAUUUUUUAAAGAUGAGAUUUGCCUUUAUAAUGUAAAUUGUGAUUUUGUUUUACAUGUGGGUUUCUAUAGUUUUAAUUUUUUCAGCUUUUAAGAUACGAGUUUUGUGUAAUUUGGUAUUUUUAAUCAUUUAUGUUAUUUUAAAAGCUCAGAAUAUCACAUUGAAAUUACUAUAAAUACAUUUUAAAUUAUCUAUUUUAGAUCUAAGGAAAUACUACAGAGAUAUUUUCAUGGGUUCAGUAACCUUUCAUUUUAUAACAUUGGGCACGGUACAGAGUGGUUGUCACAUAAGGUACUUGAAGAUUUAUUAGUUUAAUUCUAUUUUUACAGUAACCUUGAAUUCUUCUGAGUUUUGCAUGUAUUAAAUUCAAUUAAUGCUGAACAUGAAGAGUAAAGUAUUUAUCUGAAAGAAGUUUCUGGGUUAGGAGAAGUAAUGAAUGUAUCCAUUUGUACAUGGUUUACAUGUUGUGGAUGCUUUGUAAACAUUUUCCUGUAUGUUUAAAUUGUGUUUCAGCAGGAUGUAAUUGCCCUUGUGUGUAGUUAAAAUGAGUCAUCAUCUGGUCCUAUGUGAAAUGGAAUUCAUGGUAUUUUCUGUAACGUUUUCCUGAAGCUGUUUCUGGAGAGCCACACAUUUAAAUACAGACAGCUUUCCUGAUCAUUUGAUUUAUUGUGCACCUGAUUUUUGGUCUAAAAGGAAUUAUUGCCACAAUAUAUUUUAUUUAUUCUUUAGAUUUUAGCCAUGUAAGUUAAAGUGCUUUACAUGAUGAUGUGAAAAGCUGUUUGUCCCUUUACUGGGUUUGGGGGGUUGUUAAAAGAUAGGGAAUGAAGAAUGCAAAAUGGUUUGUCGUUCAAACUGUCCACUCUGAUCCAACCCUGUACUGAUAGUACUUCCCAGUAUGAUAUUGUGAUGUUUCAUACAAUGCAGUGAACAUAACCAACUUGUUACCUAAAUAAAGAAUUGAUAAAAACAGUGUGACAUAUUA